GUUCGCAACCAUUACAACUCGACGUCACGACUUCGACCUACGUUCUAGCAAGGUUGACUUCGACAAUAUUCGCACCACAGCAGGUACUACAUAGAACGAUUACCAACAAGUGCUUCUCGAAACUCUCUGAAUGGCGUAGUGAGAACAUUCCUCCAUGCUUCGUGGUUCUCGCUUGACGACCGUUGCCACGAACGCUCUAUUACGGCCGUGGCAUGUGUAACAGCGAGUGCGCUUGUGCAUGUGGCGUGGAGCCGCGCGUGGUGCUAUAUGUGCUGCCCUGAGCGUCUAAGUCUCACAAAUAUAAAUAGUUCCCUCCUAAAGCGUUCAUGUGGUAGUGUCAUACGUUUCAUGCUGACAGGGAAAUGAUCCGCCAAGUUCUCCGUCGUCGGUGUUGGGUGACGCUCGGCUGCGGUUCGCCACACCAACGUGCGCAAUGCUCGGAGCAAACAGGACAUCUCCGCGUCUACAGUACGACCAGCAGAUUGAUCGUCUUUGGAAUUGAGACGAGCUGCGACGACACAGCGAUUGGUAUCGUCGACGACGAAAGAAACAUCCUCGGCGAAGCUGCACACUCUCAGCUGGCUAGGCACAUUGAGGUCGGCGGCAUCAUUCCUCCCAUUGCACGAGACAUGCACGCCGAAAACAUUGCCCAAGUUGCUCAAGAUGCUCUUAAGCAGUGUCCUGUUCCACUGGAGGAGAUGACGGCCAUUGCUGUAACAACACGCCCUGGCAUGGCUCUUUCGUUGCGUGUGGGUUUCGAGUUUGCCCGUGACCUGGCCCGCAAGCACAGCAAGCCACUCAUUCCAGUGCACCAUAUGCAAGCUCACGCAACAGCUGUUCGGCUGAAGCACAGGGUGGAAUUUCCCUACCUGGUGCUGCUGGCAUCUGGUGGCCACUGUCAGCUAGCAGUUGUGCGUGCCAUCGACGACUUUGUCUUGUUGGGGCAAACCAUUGACGAUGCUCCAGGAGAGGCUUUGGACAAAGUGGCCCGCCGACUGAAGCUGCACAAGCUGCCAGAGUGUCGCCUCAUCAGCGGAGGCGCAGCGAUUGAGCUACUCGCCCGUGGAGCCAACCCCCACGCCUUUCCGUUCCCGGAGCCCAUGAUGGACUACCGCAGCUGCGACUUCUCAUUCUCAGGCCUCAAGAACUCUGUUUUCAGAGAAAUCACCCGCCUGGAAAAGCGACACGGUAUUGAAGCGGACGCGCUGGUUCCUGAGCUAGGCGACAUAUGCGCAUCGGUGCAGCGCGUAACGGUACAACACUUGGUUCGACGCACCCAGAGGGCGCUGGAGUUCUGUUCACGGCGAGGCCUGCUGCCUCCCCUGCCUUCUGACGAAGAAGGGCAAGAGGCAACGGCGCCCCCAACUGUUGUGGUUGCAGGCGGUGUGGCAUGCAACGGUGUGCUCAGAGAUGCUCUGGCACAGAUGUGCGACCACCUAGGCGCCACAUUCGUGGCCACACCUGCUGGGCUGUGCUCUGACAAUGGCCUCAUGAUUGCUUGGAAUGGGCUGGAGGUGUACGCAGCUUCACCAGCAACGGUUGUUGAGGACCUCGAUUCAUAUAGGGUUGAGCGAAGGUGUCCUCUCGGAAAAGAUAUCUCGCAGUCAGUUGCCCAAGCGUCAAUUAGGCUGCAAAAGAUUAAGCUUAGAUUCAGUUGAACCAAUUGAGUGUUUCUUCACUUGCAGAGAGAAGGAGAAAAGACUGAGUAACUCGAAGGUUGUUCUCAAAACUGAGGCUGCAGUUGCAGCAGUUAUCCGGUUCAUUGUUUGAGCACCUUGGGGGGUAAAGUUUGACCAGACAGUGGUAGAGUAGAUGAAGUAGCUGACCUAUUUUGACUGCAACGACUGCGGUGGCUUAGUGGGUGAGGUGUUGUGCUGCUGAGCUCAGAAAUGCUGAUUCAGUUACCAGCUAAGGCAGCCACGUUUCGAUGGAGGCGGCAGAAUGCAAAAAAAAAAAAAUACCACUGCACUUUGACUUAGGUGCAUGUUCAAAGAACUUCGGGUGGUCAAAACUAAUCCGGAGUCCCUUGCUGUGUCGUGCCUCAUAAUUAUACUAUGGUUUUGACUCAUGAAACCGCACAAUUAGAUAUGUUUAAAUAAUUUUGACCGCCUCAGGUCAUCAAAAUGAACAUUCCAGUUUUCAAACUUAAAGGGACCCUGAAACAGUUUUUUGAUGUUCUGUCAGUGUUUAGGCUAGAACAUCAUCAAACCAUUCGCACCACAAAUUUAGUGACACGCCGUGUACUAAGAAACAAUUAUUACGUACCCUUCU